GCAAUACCACCGAGCAGUGAGAAGCCCGCUGACAAGAACAGCCAUUCCGCUCUUGUGUGUGAACGAAGCAGCCCCGUCUGAACUCGCACCACCAUGCCGGAUCUCAGACGCGUGCACCGUUUUCGCGACCACGCCGUCGCAGGCGUCAACUGGCGACCGACUCGCUUUGUCGACGAGGUGCCCAGUCUGCGUGUAUGUAGCCUCUGCCGCAUGAUUCCCAAGCGGAUACUGGUGCUUCCGUGCAGCCACCUUCUGUGCCAGUCGUGCCACGCAGCCAGCUCCCAAGGAUGCGGUGGGCGGUGUCCCUUGGAUCAAGAGCCCUUCGAGGAAGCUGAAUGUGACAGCUACGGUUUGCCUACCAGAAAAGCGAACGCCUUGAAGGUUCACUGCUGGAACGAAGCGCACGGAUGCGAGUUCGUGGGUGCCAUCGAAGACGUGCUGAAGCACAACGAGACCGAGUGCGACUACCAUGCUGUGGAGUGUUUGCGGUGUGGCGAAGAAGUGCUGCACAGGGAACUAUCAACGCACAGUAGGGACGGAUGCAGUGCCGGUACAGAGAACCCGUCCCCGGAAUGUAAUGCACUGACACUUCAAGACGUCAUUGCUUCUCUCGAAGAAAUGAAAAGGAUGUUGAGCGACCCGGACUACGACGAGCUGCUGCCUCUAAUUCAGAGGAAGAUGAACGAGCUGACAGAAAGACUCGCGAUACAAGGAUCUACUACGAUGUCGACUCGCGGGGUCCGAGCGUCCGCGCUGGUCUCAAAGGCACUAAAGUCGGGACCACGACUUCAUCGACUUCGCUGCAAGAACCUGAUUCUUGGAGAAAUCCAACUGAACAAGCCAGUACGUUGUCUUCGUUGCUGUCGCGCAUGGAGAAACUGAAUGUACAUCGAAAGCUGGAUUUCUUCACAUACCUGACAGCAGAGGUUCUGGAAAACAUGCGGAAAACUUCCUCGCGGGAUUAUCCGCAGUACGCGAUUACCGGUUGUGGGCCUAUGAACGUUAAAUGUCACUUAAGCUCAGCCGGGUUGCCGUUGACGACAGAAUGUACAUGGAGGGCAGUGCGAGGUGAUAUUGAGUACGAGCUGGCCAUCGAAAAUAUUCACUCGGACAUGUUCUCGCGGGGAAAGAGCACACGUUUUGCUAAGAUAACAGUGUUGCACACGAGUGACGCGUACUCUGAGGUUGAAGUUUUCAAGCAUUCGUGCUUUCUCUUUGUACCGAUUGAUUUUUCGGUAUGCUGGAAGACGCGCGGCUUCCGGCGCCUUCUUUGUCCGUCUCUGCGUACGACGGAGAUCGAAAGUGCUUGGACACACUUUAUUCCUUCCAAGAACCUUGCUGCUGUAAGCACGAUGUUUCAUUCCUACAUUUUCAUCGCACAUUCCGGAUGUCGCCUGAUAUUUUAGGUAGCUAUCGGUGCUCUCUAAACGGGACGUUAUUGUUCAAAAUCUGUUUCAGCUUUCCAGAUGCACGAGAAACUCGGUCCGAAGACACGGCUGCAUGAAGUCGCGCUUCACUGGUGGUGUGGUUCCAGUUUUUUUUUUCUUCAAACUUCGUGCGCCAUACUGCUUUCCAGAACGCAGGAUAACGGUGGAGCCAAGAAUUCUUCAGCAGCGAUCGUUUGUGGCACUGCUGGAACCUCUUUUCCCCUUGAUUUAUUCAUUUGACUUCCUGUUAUCUGAGUUAUAAUAGAAGUAAUCCCAGCGCA